AAAAUACCAGAACUUGAGUUUUUGAUCUCAGAAAAUGCGGUACGGAACUGCCUUCUUCCUCGCUUUAGUAUCACUGCAAUGCAUUAAGACAAUACAAAGUUUUUCUCCGGAUACAGCAUGUGGAGUAUCAAAAGGCUGCUUCAAAUCGUACGAGUGUGCGUCCGGAGAUUGCACUUACCUGGUCACGUGGUACAGGAGCGGGGACCAGAUGAAAUUUGAGUACACUUCUACUAUCACGGCAUCUAGUAAAUACCUCUGCUUAGGAUUUUCUGACGAUGACGAAAUGGGUGAAGACAGUACUAUGGCGUGUAAAUACGUGUCUGGUAGUGUCUCGGUAGAGGGGGGUUUUAAUGUGGAUGAAACCUACACUGUUUUGUCUAAUCCGCUGGAGAAAAUUUCUAAUGUUGUUACUUCUGCAACAGGAUCCAUAUUCAAGUGUUCAUUUGACAGGCAAAUCAAUUCAACCAACCCUAAAAUCUUUGACCUAAAUACAAAAUGGUACCUUCUGAUUGCGGAAGGAUUUAUCAGAGACGGGAUGAUGCAGGAGCACUAUUUCGAACACACUCCCCAUUCUGAGCAUACUGUCGAUAUGUUUGGAUUCGAAGUCAUCACAGGAAAACGACUGAAGGAGCCAAUAGUAAAGAUACAUGGGUUUAUCAUGGUCUUGGCUUGGAUGGUUUUCUCCAGUAUAGGCCUGAUUAUUGCCAGGUACUUCAAAUCAGAAUGGAGUGAAAGAGUUAUCUUAGGACAGAAAGUUUGGUUUCAGGUUCAUCGUGCUUGCAUGGUAUUAGUGCUUCUACUGACGGUGAUUUCAUUCUUCAUCAUUAUACUGUCUGCGGGAAAAUACAGAGAUAAUUUAGAGGCUUCUGACAAAGAUUAUUUAAAUUCUCAUCCAAUCUUAGGAAUCGUCAUAUUGAUUUUGACCUGCAUUAACCCAAUCAUGUCGUUCUUUCGGUGCUCUCCAGACGAUGACAGACGCAAAUACUUCAACUGGGCUCAUUUUAUUGUCGGGGUUUCUGCCCAUAUUUUAGCAGUGAUAAAUAUCAUUUUUGGUCUACAGUUGACAAAAUCUGCAGUAAAAGUUGGAGCUACAUACGUUAUGUAUGUAUACAUAGCUCUGUUUGUUAUGUUCGAAGUUGUAUUUGAAAUUUUAAAGAUGCAAGAGAAUGGUCAAAUAAAAGAUAACAAGUCGUAUGAUGUAAGCAUGACAAAUAUAACCGAUAAGAAAACAACUGAGAAAUCGGAAGUAACUAAUAAGUUUUCUCGCACGAGGCUUUUCCUUCUGAUCGCUCACCUGGUUACUAUUGGUGUGUUGUCAUUGACUGUCAUUGUGUAUAUAUUCCUGGGCAUAUGAAAAAAGACAAUUACAGCACAGUGGGCUACAUGAAAUGAUUUACAAAAAUCAAGGAUGGCCUAUAGAAUCUCAAAACAAUUAGAAGUUACCUAAAUAUGUAAUACAAAUAUGAUAUCUAAGCUGUACUUACAUAUAUGAACGCAGCAAAGUGGGCUAAAUGAAAUGAUUUACAGAAAUCAAGGAUGGCCUAUUGAAUCUCAAUACAAUUAGAAGCUUGCCUAAAUAUAUGUAAUAGAAAUUAUCUAAUCUGUACAUACAUAUAUGAAUGCAGAUUUUUUUUAUAAUACUCACUUUAACACAGGGUCAAUAUCAAGAUACUUAUUUUCACUGAAAUUUUUAAAAUUAUUUAUCAACCAUUUAUUUAGAU